AUGGCAGUAGUACGAUUGAAGGAUGAUUUAAUGAUUAUUCUUGGUGGAGACUGUUGUCACUCUAAACGAAUACUGGUUGGCAAAGAACAAAUUGCUAUAUUCGAAGAUGGUACAUCAGGACACGAAGAUAUUGAGGAAGCUAAGAAGACUAUUAGACGAACACGCGAAUGGAUCGAUCAGUCUAAUGGAACAGUUGGCAUUAUUCUUGCUCAUGAUGGUGAAUGGAAAGAAGCUCUUCCAAGCAAGAUUGCAGAACUAAUCCAAGUUGCCUAA